AUGGUCGUCGCGGCGCGCAAGGGCUGGUUCGAGGGCUACGCGUGGAUUAUCCGCGCGAACGCGGACGUGCGCUUCGAGGACACUUCAUUUUUGACGGCGGCGAUGCGCACGUCGACGGCCGUGCUCGAGCGGUGCUGCCCGCGCGACAACGAGAGAUUACAAGCGCACGACGCGAUCUGUACGGACUUCUUCGCGGCGCGGCCGCGUGCGAUGAACCACACCACGUGGCUCGCCGGGCCGCGCCUGCACGGGCGCGUGCACAACGAGUGGGCCGCGGCCCUCGUGUUUCGGGACGCGAUCGACCGCGGGCGGGCGACGGUCUGGGACGUCGAGGAGGCGUACCGGAGCCCCGCGUGCCGCGUGGGCGGGCGGGGCGUCUUCCACGACCACGCGUACUGCGGUGAAAUCGCGGCGCCGGCGGUCACUCGUCGGCGACGCCGCGACGCCGUCGCCGUCGCCGUCCGUGGGCGCGCCAAGUGGCGCGCCACGCUCGCCGCCCGCGAAACCCCCCCGUAA